AUGCCGCAAGUUGAUUUAGAAACGCUAGCUUCUGUAUGCGGCGUCGGCGGCGGCGAUCGGAAGAUUGCGUGCGUGACGCUCGCAGAGGAGCCAGGAGAUCCCGAUAUUCCUGGAAGCCACAUAGUAGAUUACCCACCGGAUUGCCCGCCGGAAUCGUUCUGGUUAUCAAAAGACGCUGAAUACGAUUGGUUUGAUCGCAAUGCAUUUUUAGAUCGAAAGGAAUCGAUCAAAGGAAACUCUAAUUCAAUGAAUCUAAAUCCAAAUGUAAACCCUAGCCAAUCUAACGCAAACUCGAACUCGCUACAGUUUUCUUCGUUUUUGAAAUCAAAAGCUGCAAUUAUUAGUUUGCCGAAGGGACAGAAGACGAGUUACGUAGAUACGAAGCGCAGGAACUGCAAACUUUCGAGCAUAUGGUUGUUUCCAAAGAGAUCGGAUUCCAUAGAGAAAGAGCCGGUGGCAGUAUCAAUGGCGGAGCCGUCUUCUCCGAAGGUCUCUUGUCUUGGUAGAGUUAGAUCGAAGAGGUGUCGCAGCCGUAGGAAGUCGAUUGAACCAGAAAAACCUAUAACUCAAGAUCAGAAAACCAUUCGAGUACAUAAAUCCGGAUUCAUAUCUCAUAUAAACUCGUUAUUCCGAUCUGAUUGUUGCAGCUGUACAAAAACGAAUAAAUCCCCCCUGAAAAUCAAAGAAGCGUCGGAAAGUUCAGUGCAGAGAAGAAACAAUCUCACUUGUAAACAGGAAACGUCGGCUGAUCCACCUUCUUUGGGAGCUGUGCUUCGGUUUUCAUCCGGCCGAAGAUCAGACAGCUGGGGGGAGACCGAGAUGUUGACUUGA